UAAGCGCUAGCCAGUAAGACUACUCCAUAUAGGCUACUGUAAACUCUAACACCGUUCACAAUGCUAAGGAGAGCAAUGUUUCGUUGUGGACAGCUGUGUUCGGUGGAGUUUGACUUGCGCGCUGAACCUCUUUAUUUCACACUGAGUUCAAGCCCACAAGUUCUUCAUCAUGCUCAUCAACAGCUCUUUGAAGACCGUGGGAAACUCUUCUCGCUACAUGUCCAAUGUGAGAACAGAAUUGAGAAAGCGCAAACGCACGCAGAAAUAAAACACAAGCUGUCUUCAACACUCUCGCGAGAUUGCGAUGUAUUUGAAGCGUCUUCUUUUAGUCCGAACGUCGAAAAUAGCGUCGUUAAAGGGUUUUUUAUACGAGACAAAUCCACUACAACACUUUCAGAGGACGUAUUAAACACAUUACGGCAGAGUAAAAGAGUAUGUGUGUUUUCAUACAAGCGCGAGGGUCAGUACUGCUGGCAGGAGCUGUGGUCACCUGUCAAUCAAGUGGAGGGGUCAGAGAGACAGUACAUCACACCUGCAGCAGCAGCAGAGCAUCAUCCAUCCACACUGAACAUCAGGAACUCCGAUGUCUUCUACAGUAUGGAUGAAGCCUAUAAGGUUCUUCAGGAGUGCACUGACAUUAUCCCUGAGUCAAAGGAAGUGCUGAAGCUCGUAGACGAACAGUUGGAGACAAUCAGGGGUGAUGGAUUUCCUGUCAUUGUGAUCGAGGGACUGGAUGCUACAGGUAAAACUACUCUCACAGAAGCCCUGCGGGAGUCUCUGAAUGCCACUCUGCUGAAAUCUCCUCCCCAGUGUCUGGCUCCUUUCAGACAGCGCUUUGACUCAGAACCACCCCUCAUCCGCAGGGCCUUUUACGCUCUGGGGAACUACAUCACUGCAGCCCACAUUGGAAAAGAAUCCUUAAGGGCUCCUGUCAUAGUGGACAGGUAUUGGCACAGCACAGCAGCAUAUGCCAUUGCCACAGCAGUCAGUGGGAGGGUUGAAAACCUCCCUAGGCCAGGCUCAGAGCUCUACCAGUGGCCAGAAGACCUGCUCCAACCAAACCUGGUGCUGCUUCUCACUGUCAAUCCAGAAGAAAGACUGAGAAGACUCAGGGACAGGGGACAGGACAAGACCGUUGAGGAGGCUGAGCUAGAGAUCAAUCAGUUCUUCCGACUUAAAGUGGAGGAAGCUUACAAGAGAAUCCAGAAUCCCGCCUGCAUCAUCGUGGAUGCAAGCCCCUCUCCACAAGAAGUGCUGCAACAAGUGCAGCAUUUAAUUAGGAACAAAUGUCACUUGUAAACAACCGGCUCCCAACCCAAUGAUGAAGAAACCCUGCAAUCCCUCCGCAAACCACUAGAUGGUAGUGUAGUGUUAUGAUUCAACUAAACCCACUAUAAGAGCCCCAGUCAGCUGAGCCUGUUGAUUGAAAGGGAGGCUGGUGGCUAACUGCCAGCAUAUAUUUCAGGGCUCGUAUCUGGACAUGUCACAACAUAUUCCCCUUCCCACAGAGCUUUAGUGAUGACACGAGAGGGAAAGUUAUUGCGGGUGCUGUAGCUGGAUGUCAGCUCUCAUACGCAGGGUCACAGCGUCCACUUUCCUCACUCUGACUUAUUCCCAGUGAAACACAGGAACUCAGCUAAAGAGGUUUGAGAAUUCAUCAAUCACUUCAAUUAGAUUUAAACACAAGAACUCAUUGUUGGUCAGCUCGGUAUUCACUCCUAUAGGAGAUGGAAUCAAGGGACCUUAUGGAGGUAUUAAAAGCAAUACAUCUGAUCCAAGCAAUUUAAACUUGCUUUGAUUUGUUGCUGUUGCUUUUGGACGCAGAGUCUGAUCAUUAAUUAAGAGUGAUAUGCUAGGGCUAAAAUGUACAUGUAUAUAACUCAGUUUUUAGUUCCAGAGUCCUUAAAGCCUGUUUAUUGUAUUGUAUUGUAUCAUAAGAAUAAAUUUUAAUAUAAUA